GAGCGCGUGUGGGACUUCGGCGUGAUCCCGUACGUGAUCGACUCCAACUUCACGGGCGCCGACAAGGGCCUGUUCAAGCAGGCGAUGCGGCACUGGGAGAACUUCACGUGCAUCCGGUUCGUGGAGAAGACGGAGGACCAUCCCAACUACAUCAUCUUCACCGAGAGGGAGUGCGGGUCAGGACUACAACUUCAAUAAGCUGACGGCGGAAGAGGUCAACUCCCUGGGCCAGCGCUAUGACUUCGACUCCAUCAUGCACUACGCGAGAGCAACGUUCGCCAAGGCCACGUACCUGGACACCAUCCGGCCGCGCCCCGAGCCGGGCCAGGAGACCCUCCCCGAGAUCGGCCAGAGGAUUCGGCUGAGCGAGGGCGACAUCGCGCAGACCAACCUGCUCUACAAGUGUCCCAAGUGCGGCCGGACCUACCAGGAGAACGCCGCCACCUUCUCCUCGCCGUCGUACGUCAACUCAGCGCCGCCGCCCGGAGGGGAGAAGUGCGAGUGGCGAAUCACGGCCACCCACGGCGAGCGGAUUGUGCUCAACGUCACCCACAUGGAUAUCUUCAAGAGCGACGGAUGCAAGACGGAUUUCCUCGAGAUUCGCGACGGGUACUGGCACAAGAGUCCUCUGCUGGGUCGGUUUUGUGGCGGACUGAGAUUCCCCGAGACGAUCGUGUCGACCGGAAGCCGCAUGCUCGUGUCUUACGUCACUUCUGUCAAUCAAAAUGGCCAUAAGGGUUUCACGUCCUCGUAUGAAGCUGUUUGUGGAGGAGAGCUCUCAAUGGAACAAGGGCACCUAGAGAGCCCCAAUUAUCCAGAUGAUUACCGUUCCAACAAGGAAUGCAUUUGGAAAAUUACUGUCCCCAUUGGCUAUCAGGUGGCAUUGCGGUUUCAUUCCUUUGAGAUUGAAAACCAUGAUGACUGUGUAUAUGAUUAUUUGGACAUACGAGAUGGCCAUGAGGAAAAUUCAACGCUGAUUGGUGUAUUUUGUGGAUACAAGAAACCAGAGGAUAUCAAGUCCUCUACUAAUAAGAUGAGAAUAAAAUUUGUAACAGAUGGAUCUGUUCAGAAAGCAGGAUUUUCUGCAACAUUUAUGAAAGAGUAUGAUGAGUGUGCAAGUUUGGACCAUGGCUGUGAACACAUUUGUAUAAAUCAGCUUGGAGGUUAUGAAUGUCAGUGUAAAAUAGGGUAUGAACUUCACUCAGAUGGGAAGAGGUGUGAAGAUGCAUGUGGAGGGCAGAUAGACCAAGCCAAUGGGACCAUAACAAGUCCUUCUUUCCCAGACUUGUAUCCAGUAAACAAGAACUGCAUUUGGGAAAUAAUUGCACCUCCACAGUACAGAAUCACCUUAAAUUUCACACACUUUGACCUAGAGGGAAAUAACCAAGACUGUGAGUAUGACAGUGUUGACAUACGCAGCAAAUUAGGAACCUCUGAAAUGAGAAAACAUGGAGUGUUCUGUGGACAGCGAUUACCUUUGGUUAUAACAUCUGAAGGUAACAGUCUGCGGAUAGAAUUCAACUCGGACAAUUCUGUUCAGAAAAGUGGAUUUGCUGCUGUCUUCUUUACUGACAAGGAUGAGUGUGCAACAGACAAUGGUGGUUGCCAGCACAUCUGCAAAAAUACCAUCGGCUCAUACGUUUGUUCAUGCCUCAAUGGCUUCACUCUGCAUGAGAACAGACAUGACUGUAAGGAAGGAGGGUGCAAGCACGAAAUAACGGCCCCUGUGGGGGAGAUCUUUAGUCCAAAUUACCCCGACUACUAUCCAAGUCGGAAAGACUGUGUGUGGCAGUUCACAACCACUCCAGGACAUAGAAUAAAAUUGGUAUUUGAUGAAUUUGAGAUGGAGCCUCACCAGGAGUGUACCUAUGACCACAUUGCUCUCUAUGACGGGACUACCUCAGAGACUGGGUUCCUUGGCCGUUAUUGUGGUGCAAAAGUACCACAUCCAAUAGUGGCUUUUAAUAAUCAAAUGUUCAUGGUGUUCAAGUCUGAUUCAUCUGUUCAGCGCAGAGGUUUCCGAGCAAGACACACUACAGUUUGCGGAGGUGGCCUUAAAGCUACAAGCACCGUCAAGCACAUGUAUUCACAUGCGAAGUAUGGAGACCAGAAUUAUGAUAAUAAGGAGGACUGUGACUGGAUUAUUCAAGCAGCACAGGGUGAAAGUGUUCAUCUCACUUUCCUCACCUUUGAACUUGAAGAUGAACAUGACUGUGGAUAUGACUAUGUAGAAGUGUUCUCGGGUUACAGUGACUCUGGGCCCUCAUAUGGGAAAUUCUGUGGCAAUACGAUUCCCCAGGAGAUUGUGUCCAUCAACGAUGCCCUCUUGGUGAGAUUCCGAACAGACGACACAAUCAACACUAAAGGAUUCUCGGCUGCCUAUGUGGCCAUUGGUGAUAAUACUUUGGCAGAAAACAGUACUGGUGAUAACAAUGGUUUUAGCUAUAGCUUCUCCAGAGGCUAUUAGCAAGUGCAAAACAGAGAAAAAAAGAAUAACCUAAAUAGAAAAUAAAAGGAGUCCAUUUUCAUAUGAUCACUAAUUCCGAGCCUUUGCUCUUUUGUCAUUAAACCUCUGGGGUUUAGAUUUGACAUUGUAAAUAAGCAGCAGUUUCCCCUGGGUAAAAUUAGUCUCAAACUGUAGACAAGAAACAAAACAAAAAAGAUUUGAAAAAAUAAAAAAAAAUUAAAAAUGAAAAAAAAGUGAACUAAUAGAAAGAUAUUUCAUUACCAGUCAAUUCAAUCUCAUCUGUGAAAUAUCUUUUUUUUUCUUUCAUUUUCUUCUGUUUUAUUGAUUUUUUUUGUACAACAAACCUUAACAUCUGCCAAACAUUAUCAUCUCUCAGUUAAAUGUUUAUAGACUGUAGAUAAACAAUGGUAGUGUUUAUUACUGUGUACAUUUUUAUGUUCUUGAUAAUGCCAAUAUAUGGCUGUGUAAAAUUUGUAGUCAACUUUUAUGUUGUAAGUUAGGGGGGGGGGCAAGUACUUUACAAUGCAAGUACUUAUAUAGUUGCUUCAUGUCACACACUUUGGGAUGAACUCUUUUAAUUGUAGAUGGGAAACUCUUAGGUAGCAGACAUGUGUCAUAAGUUAAAAAGAAAGAAUAUACCAUAAUGUCUUUU